AUGAGAUUCCUCACUUGUUCAAUGAUUUAUCUUUUUCUGUUUCUGCAACUACAAACACUCUUUGUUUCACCUCAGAACAUCAUAAAUGGAUCUAUUCCUGUAGGAGAAUCUCUCACAGCUUCAGAGUCCCAACAAUUCUCUAGCUCAUGGCGUUCCCCUUCCGGUGACUUUGCUUUCGGGUUCCGCAAGAUUCAACCAAACGAUGGUUUCACUCUCUCCAUAUGGUUCGACAAGAUUCCCGACAAAACCAUCGUCUGGCAUGCACAAGCUGUCAAUACAACAACCGGCCUAGUACCUGCUGGUUCGAAGGUUACAUUAACCGCAGAUCGUGGUUUGGUUCUUUCUGACCCUCGAGGUCAACAGCUCUGGUAUUCUGCAUUUGCUCCGAGUAAUGGCUCUGUUUCUCAAGGGCGCAUAAAUGACGCUGGAAACUUCGGUUUGUUAAGCGAGAGGACUGAAGAUUCCGGCGAGUUUUUGUGGUCUAGCUUCGCAAAUCCCACGGAUACUCUGCUACCUACUCAGGUAGUCUUUGCUUUGCGAUCUCAGAUAUUCACAUCUAGCUGAAUCAAGAUAGCAUCUUAUUU